UCUCUGUGUGUAUGUGUGUGUGCGCAAAGAUUCAAUAAGUUUAAAAAUGUUCCUGUUGUAGGUCCCCUGGAUGAAGAUAACCAGCCGCAUGGGUUCUGUAAAGUAACCUAUUCCUCUAGUGACAGAUUUGAAGGGCAUUUUGUACACGCGGAGAAGAAUGGUCGCGGGAAGUUCUAUUUUUUUGAUGGCAGCAUACUUGAAGGGAACUUUGUUGACGAUGCUUUACAAGGCCAGGCUGUUUACUCCUACGAGGACAAAAGUACCCUCCAUGGAACCUACAUCGAUGGCGAACUGAACGGCCCAGCCCAGGAAUACAAUUCUGAGGGUCAACUGACCUUCCGGGGUCAGUACAGGGACAAUAUUCGGUGUGGCGUUUGCUGGAUCUAUUUUUUGGACAGAGGCUGCUUGGUAGGACAAGUGAAUGAAGAUGGGGACAUGACUGGUGAUAAAAUAGCUUACGUCUAUCCUGAUAGCAGCACAGCGAUGCUCGGCAAAUUUGUUGAUGGAGAGAUGAUAGAAGGGCGUAUCACAACUCUUAAAAAUUGUGUGGAUGGAAGACCCCAGUUUGAGCAGGUAGCAGCUGGUCCAGUUUACAGUUUGGACAAAUCCACCUCCUACUGCAUUUCUACAUCCAGCCUUCGUCCUGAUUCAUAUGAAGAGGAGAGAGUGUACGUUGCUGAUUCUUUCAUUCCUAAUGCUGGAGAAGGCUUGUUUGCUAAGGUAGCAGCAGAGUGUGAUACAGUCAUGGCUUUCUAUAAUGGAGUACGCAUUACACAUGAGGAGGUGGAUUCUAGAGCAUGGUCUCUCAAUGGGAACACUUUAUCAUUGGAUGAUGAUACUGUAUUAGAUGUCCCUGUGCCUUACAACAGUACCAAACAUUACUGUGCAUCCUUGGGGCACAAAGCAAAUCACUCCUUCACUCCAAACUGCAUGUAUGCCCCGUUUAUUCACCCUCGGUUUGGAGCGAUUAAAUGUAUCCAGACCAUUCGGGCUGUGGAGAGGGAUGAAGAGCUGACUGUGGCUUAUGGAUACGAUCACUGUUCUGGAGGCAAGAGUGGACCCGAAGCUCCUGACUGGUACAAGCGUGCACUGGAGGCUUUCCAAACCAUUCAGUAGAAAUUAAAUUUAUGCAGCUUUCUCUUCUAGCAGGAAGCAGAAAGAGCUAUGCAGUAAAGCAACAUGAAACUGCCAGACAGGGACUGUUCAAAUUUUCUGUUCUAUGAAGUCUCAUUCAAUUUGCAUUUAAAUUAUUCGAGGUUUUAUUUAUUGGAAAAUACAGUAUAGAAGCCACUAAAGCAAGCAGUUUCCUAAAUAGCAGCAAAUCCUGUAUUAUCUAAAAAAAAUCAUACAUUGUAGCCUGUUCUACAAGUCUUAUAAGCAGGGAGUUUCUUCCUUUUAGUCAGACAUUUUCCUAAUUCACAUUCAGUAUUGUGGUCUAUCCUACUCGGGCUUUUAGCUAAAUCCUGUGCUUAUUUCUACGCUUGGUGUUCAAUGGGCUUAUAGUCUUGAGAUCUUAAUCCAUAUCCAGCUCCUAUCAUAUUGUAGCUGUACACAUUUUAGUCAUGUUGUGACUUGAUCACCAAAUCAAUAGCAUAGUACACUUUGGAGUUCAAGUACAGCAUCUUAACUCCUGAUAAUUGGAAUGCCACAGUUGGUAAGGAGUGAUUCUCAUCGUCCCAUUUACCACUGUUUAGUUCACCACACAGAACCAGCAAUUGGAAGGGAUGCUAAGUUAUUUAAAUAAAGUAUCCUUGUGCUGUGUCACAUUAUUCACUUUCAGGAUCAUUUUAUCUCACUCCCGAGUGUAGACUGCAAUCUUAUCAGCUGCAAGUAUUUGUUUUCCUAAAUAGAAGUAGCACAAACUCAACUUUGGUUUUGGUAUAACUCCAUUUCUUGGAAGCUUGACUAGUUAACUGCUGCAUUUUUUUUGUAAUGGUAGAUAAAGCCAUAUUGGAAUUGUGUGUUUUUUACUGAUGAAGCUGAAAAACUUAACUCGUGAGAAUACGAGCGGUGAAGCUAUGCCAAAUGUUUACAGAUUGACUCCAGGGUCUUUUGACGCAUGUUUCCUUUUUGUUUAAUAACCAAAAGCAUAUGCAUUUUUUUCUAAGAGUGUUUGGGUAAAUGGGAAAUGGUUUUUGGUGGGGUUGGGAGAAGCAUUUAUAAUCUUGUUAAAUUCUGGUUUUGAUGAGCUGAAUUGUUUGUUCCCUGCAUCGCUCACUACCUGCAGUCGAUGUAGGAGAAGAAAUGUGUUUUUUCUAAUGGACUUGAAAACAAAAGUGGUAAAUUGUGAAUUUCAACCACUUAGGUCAUGAGGGAGGAAGAAAUUAUGGGUCAAUUUUUUUUAAACAGAAAAAAUCCUCCUAUCUAACAUAGGUCAAUGUUUCAGUAGUUCUGAUUGCAUUGUGUGAUUUCAUAUAUAAAAUGCCUGUUCACUUUAACUCAUUGCCUCAUUGUCCAUUGUAAUGCUUCAGAUCAAUAUGGAUUAUUUGGUAAUAAAGCAGGGAAGGGUUAUGGUAUUUCAGAGACAAAUUAAAUGUAUUUUUUUGAUUUUCCUCUUCCUACUGCAUUUGUAGUACUGUAUACAUCACUAAUGGCCUUUGUGGACUUGUCAGCAUACUAACAUUAAUAGCUGGUGCAGAAGUUCUGCCUUACUGAAUGGACUCAUAGUACAGCAACAUAUUGUCAGUGGCAAUAAAUGUUCAAAGCUAAA